AUGCCCGGGUUGGGUCAGAGUUCUCGCAGUCUAGACAGUUCUACUCCAGUGGAUCGAAACACUGAGAAGUUGCCCCGUGAUGAGGCACCCCUGGAUCUGAGAGAAAUCCUACAAGAGGGACGUUUGCUCACUGACACGCCGGACGAGGCACGUUCUUGGCUUCUCGGGUUUGGCAACUUCCGAUCUGGCACGGAUGUUUCGCUCAGAUUUCUUGAUAUUCAUAAAGACGAUCAAGGCCAUCCGGGCACUGUCUCCUUGCUUUCACUACUGAUCCAAUGGGUCCCAGUCUGGGCGAAGAAAGCGGACCGGGCAAGAAAGGAGCACAAGAACUCACGGUCAGGUCCUGUCAAGGACCAAAAGAAUUUGCUCUGGCUACUCCGAUAUGUUUGCGACUACAUCGAGUUGGGACAUGUCGGCUUCGCCCCUCUCGAACUGUCCCAAACAGUGAAUUGUGCAACGACUGUUUGUUUGAACGCUAGCCGGGAGGAAGAUAUCAAUGCUGGUAUCAACAUUCUCUACGCUGUUCUUCUACACUUCGAGUAUCCUAGGGAUGGCCUUGAUGAGACACUGGUGGUUCUAUGCGCAUCUGCGGCAAACCUGUCACCGCUGCCAGACCAUCUAUUGGAUUGUGCAAAAUUUCUUGCUGCCGGAUACCUCCAUCAAGAAGUCAUGGAGACUCUCUAUUCUUUCCUACAGACACCUACUCUUGAGAACGGGGCCAAGAGUAUGUCGCAUGCCAGAGGCGCCACCGUCCUUUUGAGAGCUCUCGUGGACGAGCGACGCGUCAAUGAUGGCUUCGUCCUGGAGUCGGAAGUCUGCCUCGAACAGCUUCAAUCGGCCGCCAAAAAUGGGGUAUUUCGACUCUGCCACGACAUACUCGGCCUUCUGCACGCUGUUCUUGCUAGUGAGCAAGGAAGGUCCGAGAUUUCUACCCUGGAUUUUAGUCUUAUCAUCAACAUUAUCCGGCUUUGCCUAGCAAUGACUCCUCCAAGUCAUCCUGGAACAACCACUACAAGGACCACUCUGUCACCGACCUCGAGUCAGGAUGAGGAGUUCAAUCGACACUAUGGAAAGCGUUUCCGGGAAAGAGAUUCCAUGGUUACCACGCUGGGUCAAGAUCUGUGUCUUGAGUGGGAGCAGCUUCCUGUUUUCAGUCGUAAUGUUGUCCAUGAGUUUUUUCUGGAUUUCCCUCAGUAUGCAGAGCCAUCUCAAUUGUCGCUAACAUUGGACUAUGCGAACGACAAGUAUCUGCUACUUGGUGAGCCUGGUGUCAGAAAAAAGUAUUCUGAUCUGAUCUACGAGCGGAUUGUGCAAAAGCAAUCCUUACCGGCGACAUGUCGCAUCCAAGCUAUCGGAUUCCUCGUUCAAAUGGGCAACCAAGCUGAAGAUGGCUCGGCAAAUGAUCAACGCAGCGAUACCUACGUGUGGGUACUCGAGAGGCUCUUAGAUCAGACUGACGUUGAGCAAGAUGCACAGGUGCUCGGAGCGCUACUCACGUUCAUGGAAUCACUGGUCUCCAACCGUGGCGAGGCAGUCAAACAGGACGAACUGACAGCGCGCAUGAUCGAACGACUCAACACUCUGGUUUUCUCAGGUUCAGCUGGAGGCCCUUUCAACGACGAGCUCGCCAUAUCAGCCACCAAAGUCCUGGUAACUAUUUUCAGCUACAGCAUUCAUACCAAUGUAAGACCAGCCGUCCGGUCGAUCCAGGUAUUACUUGAUAUCGCAAGUUCCCGCUGCAAAUACCGCCCAGCAAGGCUGGUAUCGAAACAGCUUCUAUUUCGCAUCCGAGCAGAUGAUGCUGGCUUCAUUUACAUUGCAAAAACCAGUGAAAGCCGUCAUAUUGCAAGUGCACUUCUACGCACGCGCGAAUCAGUCGAGAUCUUCAAUCACGAACUGCCUUCUUCACAGCGGCACUCGGCAAGUAGCACCAGUCUAUCAACAAAAUCCGACGUCGGCGAACCGCUGUGGAUGUACCCAGAUACCGAAGAUGUGACAUUCCCCUUGGCUGGGCGUGCUUCCACCAUCCUCAAUGUCGACAUGUCUACCAAUCCGGACAUACAGGCUGAGCUUGACAUGGACACCUGGCUCAUGAGCAUUAUAAGAUGCUUCCAAACUGACGCCGACUGGGAGACCUACAGCUAUACCGUAGUGCACGCAGCUGCACAAGUCAACAAUAUCGCUCUAUUCCUCAACUCCAUGGAAGCUGUUGUCAAGCUGCGCCAGGUUCUUUGUGAUCAGGUCGUCAAUAACGCAUUCCGAGAGGCGCCUCCCCAGACUGGACUGAAGCGUUCCGAUGUCGCCAUAUGCUUAUUCAACUUCCUGAUUGCUUUGAUCCCCUAUGCCACCAUGAAAUCAGAGGCGGUUCAGAAGGGCUUUGGAGAUGAUCUUGUUAGGACAUUCCUAUCUGGACUCGGCGGAGCUUGGGAAGGGACAUCUCGUCCUUGUAUCCAGGCGCUGUCCAUCUGCAGUCUGGAGAUACCAGCAUCGGUAGCGACAUUAUACCCCACCAUCAUCGACAAGAUGUCAAAGAAUAUGACCCAAGCUCACCUCACCGCCCACAUCUUGGAGUUUUUGACUCAAGUUUCGCUUUUGCCGCAGAUGCAUUCAAACCUCAACCCAGACGAGAUUCAGAUGAUAUUCGGGAUGUGCAUACAAUUCCUUGAGAAGACAAGGGAGCAGCAACACGCCUCUCUGACCUCGCCUCCUGGGAGAAUCCACCUGCCCUCGCGCCAUAGUGGGAUGAACUUCCGACGCCCACCAUAUCGAGCAUCCAUGCUGACGGACAUUGGACUGCCCCAAUAUUCUGCUAGUUUGGCCUAUCACAACAUGAUCUUCUGGUUUCUUUCGCUUCGCCUCGAUAUUCGAGCAAAAUAUGUCAAUUGGAUUGUCCCGAGGCUGGUUUGGAAAAAUGCACGAGGAGAAGAAACGAUCGAUGAGCAAAGUGAAGUGUUGAUUGACAUGAUGCAAAGGUCGGCGUUUUCUGACCUGGGGGAAACAUCUCUAGAUCCCAACUUUGCAGAGCCUGAAGACGGUCCAGUGACAUCAGCUUCAUGGAUUGUAGGCCUCAGUGUCAUCACAGCCCAGACCGCCGGCCGUACGGGCAAGACUCAGAUCAUCAAGCGCCAGGCUUCAGGCACGACUUAUGCCAGGUACGAACAGACGACAGGGCCUGUACCUACUCAUCUUGCACCAUAUCACACGGAGAUCCGUCAUCAAGGAGUGGCCACGAUUGAAGUGCUGCCAUCGCAUAUCCUUCUCCAAAUGGUGGCCAGCGCCGCCGCGACGAGUGUGGCUGACCAACCGUUACUUUUGCCCAAGGAGGACUCUGUCACACGCGCUCUGGAGAGCAUUGAUCGCAUUCCGACCGUGUCUAGCCACAAGAUCGGUGUGCUUUACAUUGGCGAGGGGCAAUUCGCCGAGUCUGAAUACCUUGCAAAUGUCACAGGGUCUCGCGACUUCGAGCGUCUUCUCGAAGCCCUCGGUUAUGUUGUAUCGUUGAAACCACCCGUACACUUCAAUCCCCAAGGGUUAGAGUACCACCGAGAUGGCGAUCAAACAAUAGCGUGGCGAGACCGAGUUAACGAGAUUGUCUAUCUCGUCCCGACGAUGAUGCCGACCGAUCUUGAGGACGAUCCUCACUGCAUAAUGAAGAAGGCGCAUGUUGGCAACUGCCAUGUCAACAUCGUCUUCAACCGAUCAGGUUUGGCAUGGAAAUUCGAUAAUUUCAAAUCUCAGUUGAAUUAUGUCAACAUUGUGAUUACGCCUGCCUGCCAUGCGCGGGCAAACCCAGAUCCUGACAUCUUGCCCGGAUUCUAUUUGGUUCAGGUAGUGACACGAGACGGUAUCCCCAACAUAUCCCCGGCUGCGGAACCUAAGCUCAUUUCAGCCGCUCAGCUGGGUUCGUUCGUUCGAGUUCUGGCAUUGAAUGCCAAUCUGUUUUGUCAGACGUGGAAUACCAAAGAUAGCGAUACGGAGUUCCCAAGUACGUGGCGAGCAAGACUUCAACAUAUCAAGAGAUUGAAGGAACGAAUGAUCAACAAAUCCGGUGAGAAGCAGGCUGCAGGUCUUGCCCCAGCCUCGAGCGCCGGUUCAGCACCAGGUGCGGCCGGAGGCAGAAGGACGCCAGCUCGGGAGGAAAUUGGCGGCAUUCGAAAGGGCGGCGCCCUGGCGGCGCAGUUAGACUUUAGUUCGUGGACUCUCCAAAAGGAGUUCUGA